AUGGCUCCGACAUCGGAAGAUUUGAAACAGUUGCGAGCGUCACGAGGUUACACUAAAGCUUCGAUUACUCGACUGUUCAAUUUUACCAGUAACCAGGAUGAUGUCGACCUUAGUACAAUUAUUGCCUUAGAGGCAAAGCGAACAAGAAUCGUUGAAUUGUUCAGCGAAUACGAACAUUGCAAUAAGCAAAUUCUAGCUAUAGAUGACGCAGACGCCGAGAAUGUUGCGAGCUAUGAGGAAAACUAUUUUCACAUCCUCACAACCCUCAAUGAGGCGAUUAAAAUAAAAUCCUCGCCCUCGUCUGAGACACCUGUAUCGUCCUGUCAAAAUAACUAUAAGGCCAAACUGCCUACUAUCAAAAUAGAAACUUACACUGGUAAGUAUAGUGAAUAUACAGGCUUUAUUAACUUGUUUAAGGCAAUAAUACAUAACGAUAGAUCAAUUGAUAAUGUUCAAAAAUUAUAUUAUUUGCGCUCAUUUCUCGCAAAUGAACCCUUUGACUUGAUUAAGAACCUUCCUCUGGCUGAAGGCAGCUACGAGGAAGCUCUUAAGCUUUUAGACGAAAGGUAUAACCACAAGUUUAAAAUAGUAAAUGAGCAUCUCAAUUCCUUGCUUGACAUAAAUGCCUUGGUCAAAUCUAAUCCUAUAAAUUUAAGACAGUUUGUGUCAUGUGUCAAACAAUCUUUAUCAGCAUUAAAGAAUUUAAAUGUAAGUACUGAUAACUGGGAUCCUAUUAUAUUGGCUAUUUUGUACCGUAAAUUAGACACCUACACGUCACGGGCAUACCAAUUAGACCGAGACGACACUGAGGAGCCCACUGUCCACAAGUUCCUGCUGUAUUUGGAGAAACGCGCCUUGGCACUGGAGAAUGCUGAGCCGCCGCCCACACCCGGGAAGUCUCACCACAAAGCAGUGGUAAAUGUGACAGCGACCGCCUUUCCUGCCUGCAGUUAUUGUAAGUCUAAUCACCGACUAUUUGACUGUACCAAAUUCAAAAUGCUUACUAGUAGUGAAAGGAUAGCUUUCAGCAAAAAUAGUAGCCUAUGCUCUGUCUGUCUGAACAAACACAAUGGUAAAUGCCGCUUUCAUUUCCGGUGCAGCACAUGCAAACAAGCUCAUAAUACUUUACUGCAUCCGGACUCGGCUAACCAACCCCAAGUUUCUUUAGUAUCAAAUUUGGGGCACAACGGAGUUCUAUUACCCACGGUUAAAGUAAAGCUUUAUUCACAGACAGGUAGCGUAGUUCAUGUAAAGGCUCUUUUAGAUUGUUGUUCUCAAAGCUCUCUAGCCACCACUAAAUUAAUAAAUAUUUUAGGACUGACCCCAAGCAAGGACAACAGCAAUAUAAUUGGUGCUGGAGGAAAAGGUACUGAUACACAGUAUUCUAUACCUUUAAAUGUGUAUUCUUUAACCAUGCCUUACCGAGUCACUGCAAACUGCAAUGUAAUGGACAAAAUUACCUGCAAGCUUCCACAAAAUGAAAUCGGUUUGGACGCAAUUAAUAUACCUGAUGGGAUCACUCUGUCUGAUAUUGAUUUCCAUCAGCCGUCUGAGAUCAAUUUACUUCUAGGUGCGGACAUAUUUUUCCAGGUCCUCCUGCUGGAGCCAGUUCCCGGUCAGCAGAAGCUGUCAGCGCAGCCUGCUGAAGACCCAGCAAGUCUACACCCUAUGGUUGUAAAUACAAAGCUUGGCUACAUCAUAGGUGGGGGUUUACCGCGACAACAAUCCAGUGACAAAAGUAAGAAUGAAAGCUCAGUGUGCAAAACAGCUAAUGGGUUCUUUGCCACCUGA